AGAGACAACGACUUCCUGCUCGAUCCGAUCCGUGGGCUACUCUACGAGAGACGAGAGGAGCGAUGGCUGAGCUCAGAUGGAUUAAAGCCUCUCGGUUUCUGGUUCUGGUGCUUCAGUUUACAGCAGCAGCAACAGGACAACGUCACCACUCCUUCACUGUCAGAGAUGGAGAUGAAGUCUCUUUGCCUUGUUUCAAUGUGAUGGAUGAUCAUAAUAACUGUGACUCGACUGAGUGGAUCUUUGUUCAUUUAAAGAGUCCACUAGCAGUAUAUCUGGUGACAGAAGGGCAGAUUGUUGCUGAAGCCAAAGAUAAAUCAGACAGACUGAGUGUUUCAGAGAAUUGUUCUCUGGUUAUAAAGAAGGUCACCGAUGAAGAUGUUGGUCAUUAUGCGUGCAUACAGUACAGAUCAGGACAACAACAAGUUCAAGAUGCUAAGGUUAUUCUGUCUGUUGUGACCAUGACUGAACACAAGGACUCUGAGGAGGUGAUCUGCUCCUUGUCCACAUAUAGAACUUGUAGACUCAAAAUGAAGUGGAUGAUUGAGGAAGAAGAGGUGGAGGAAGACCACCAAGGCGUGAUGACAUCACAGUCUUCCUGCUCCGCCUCUCUGAAGGUGAAGACUGGUUCCUUUAACACAUUGAGGUUUAAUUCAUGGAUGUGUGAAGUGACCGUUGGCGACCAAGUGCAGAAGUUUACGUUCAGAAAUCCUCCUUCAGGUGAUAAAACAGGUGAAGACACAACAACAACAACAACAACAACUGAAGAUGACACUAUUUCAGCAGCAGCAACAGGACAAGAUUACGACUCCUUCACUGUCAGAGAUGGAGAUGAAGUCUCUUUGCCUUGUUUCAAUGUGAUGGAUGAUCAUAAGAACUGUGACUCUACUUAUUGGAUCUUUUAUGAUUUAAUGAGAACAGUAGCAGUAUUUCUGGUUAAAGAAGGGCAGAUUGAUGCUGAAGCCAAAGAUAAAUCAGACAGACUGAGUGUUUCAGAGAAUUGUUCUCUGGUUAUAAAGAAGGUCACCGAUGAAGAUACUGGUCUUUAUGUGUGCAGACAGUACAGAUCAGGACACCAACAAGGUCAAUAUGCUGUGGUUGAUCUGUUUGUUGUGACCAUGACUGAACACAAGGACUCUGAGGAGGUGAUCUGCUCUGUGUCCACAUAUGAUAAACCAUGUGGACUCAAAGUGAAGUGGCUGAUUGAGGAAGAAGAGGUGGAGGAAGACCACCAAGACGUGAUGACAUCACAGUCUUCCUGCUCUGCCUCUCUGAAGGUGAAGACUGGUUCCUUUAACACAUUGAGGUUUAAUUCAUGGAUGUGUGAAGUGACCGUUGGCGACCAAGUGCAGAAGUUUACGUUCAGAAAUCCUCCUUCAGGUGAUAAAACAGGUGAAGACACAACAACAACAACAACAACAACAACAACUGAAGAUGACACUAUUUCAGCAGCAGCAACAGGACAAGAUUACGACUCCUUCACUGUCAGAGAUGGAGAUGAAGUCUCUUUGCCUUGUUUCAAUGUGAUGGAUGAUCAUAAGAACUGUGACUCGACUGAGUGGAUCUUUUAUGAUUUAAAGAGUCCAGUAGCAGUAUUUCUGGUUAAAGAAGGGCAGAUUGAUGUUGAAGCCAAAGAUAAAUCAGACAGACUGAGUGUUUCAGAGAGAUGUUCUCUGGUUAUAAAGAAGGUCACUGAUGAAGAUGUUGGUCUUUAUAACUGCAUACAGUUCAGAUCAGGACACCAACAAGUUCAAUAUGCUGUGGUUGAUCUGUCUGUUGUGACCAUGACUGAACACAAGGACUCUGAGGAGGUGAUCUGCUCUGUGUCCACAUAUGAUAAACCAUGUAGACACAAAGUGAAGUGGCUGAUUGAGGAAGAAGAGGUGGAGGAAGACCACCAAGACGUGAUGACAUCACAGUCUUCCUGCUCCGCCUCUCUGAAGGUGAAGACUGGUUCCUUUAACACAUUGAGGUUUAAUUCAUGGAUGUGUGAAGUGACCGUUGGCGACCAAGUGCAGAAGUUUACGUUCAGAAAUCCUCCUUCAGGUGAUAAAACAGGUGAAGACACAACAACAACAACAACAACAACAACUGAAGAUGACACUAUUUCAGGCUGGUGGAGGGUCAUCUUGGUGCCGGUUGGGUUAGCAGCUCUCAUCAUAAUAGUUGUGGCCGUCAACAUCUGGGCAAGAAUGAAAGGUGAAGAACAUCCACAUAUUAAAGCUCAUGAAAGAGGAUUUUACUGGAACUAAAGUCGACUCUUUCUUUUGUCUCUUCAGAGAAGAAACCUCCGGAAUGAAAUUGAAAACUCCAAAGAAUUUUUUUUGUGUACAUUUCUGAGAAUAUCUUUCAGAUGGAAAUCCUGCUUGUUGAGAAAAGAGUUUAAUGAUCUGUUCCUGCAUGAGUUGUGAACAUGUUUCUCACCUGUUCACGACACAGCAGCUGAUCUUAACUUCAUUUAACAGGAACGAACAUUUAACUCUGAACUUCCUUUUUUUAUCUUCCAGCUGAACAUUUCACAGCUGAUCUGAACAUUUACUAUUUAUAGGAUAACUCCUUUUAAUCCACUUUCAUUCAGCAUUCACAUAUCUGUGAGGGUGUGCCUGUGUUCCAAUGGCUGUUCAGCCUCAAUGGAGUCAGCACCUCUUCUCUUAAUGUAAUAUCUGAUCACUAUAAGAUCUGCAAAUAAAGAGAGUUGUUUUCUA